AAAUGUUUACUAAACUGGUAAUAAUCUACGUUGGCGGCAAUUUCAAAUUGCUAAAGCACCAUGUAUUUUAUUUCGAUGUCAUUGGCUUCACCGGCAUGGAGGAAGAUCCGUCUCCGCCGGCGCCGGCAGCAUCGAAGUUCGAGUGGUCUUCGCUCGCCAGAGUUACAAGCGACUCUCUUGAUCCGCAGAAAGUAUGGUAUGUGCUUACUAAAGAGUUGUGUGGUGGAGUGAGGCCAUCGGACUUUUCUCGAAAUAGUAUAUUUACCAAUUUUCCCGACGAAGUCAAGCUCGUCGUAACGCGCGAACUCAAGCCCGCCAAUUCCGCGAGAUGGAACAGACAGCCACGUAAUAUGUUCGUAGCAUCUUCAUUUGGACUGUGUGCCGGACUUCUAAGACAGAGGGAAAUUCCACCUGACGGUCUAAUCAGUUCGCCUUUCUUCCAGUCUGUCUUAAAACUGGUAAAUUCAAUUACCUUUGACUUGGAACCAUCGAACGUGAAAGACAUUAAUUCUGGCGGGAAAACACGAGUAGUUGAUUUGCUUGCUCAGAGGCAACUGGAAAUCGAGUCGCUAGAGGCCGAGUUAAAAACACUUCAUUCGAAGAUUAUUGAACUCGAGUCUCAGAUUAACGAAAGAAAUCCGGCACAUUCAUGGACACGCGAUUCACCAUCUCUAGAGUCCACGAUAUCGUGUAGUUCGACACCAUCGUCUGCUGGAACCUCCCCCACAUCAUCACCAGCUUCCAUUGAAGAUACUAAGAAUAGUCCACUGGGAUCAACAACCAAAAAGAGAAGAAUAGCCAGCCAGUGUAGAGAAGUGAUGUCAUCCCUAAACGAUGUAAGCGAGAAGUAUCGUGAUUCCAUCUCUUGUGUGCUAGGGAACACUUUCCUAUUUGGAAAUGACUCGGAGAAAGAACAUGUGAGGGAUACCAUAUCUGAAGUUGUGGACAUGGUCAUGGAUGCUAAGGGUUCAAAGAGAGGCCUUUCAGAACUGUUAUCAUCCUCCACUUAUCAAAGGAUCAUUGAGAGCAUGAGAGUCCCAGACUGGGCACUUUUGUAUUUUAAGCUCCAAACCAGGCUUCCAGAUUCAGCGUGGCAGACGUUGUUGAAUUUAACUCAGCUCGGGAAGAGUGGGAGAGUUGAGGAAACUCCUGUACUUCUUACUAAAAAUGAAAUCAAGGCAGUGAAAAAACUUGUCUUCUCUGUGGUGAGGAAGACCCUGAAGAUCACCAAGAUGGACACAGACUUUGAUGCCUGUGAUGUUGACUUGAGUGGAGUGCUUGUUUGGGCUAUAAGAGAACAACGCCUGUUCUCCUCUGACACAGAAGGCAUGGAAUUCAAUAUCAAGCUUGAUGGUCGUCCCCUUGGAGGGAAAGAUCAGGUGGCUGUUGGUGUUGCUCCUAUCGAUUUUUCCAACAAGAGCUCAGAGAGUGCACUGUCUAUCUACCCACUUGCCAUCGCAAAUUGUAAAGAGAAAAGAGGAAACUUAAAACAGCUUAUUAGGAAUCUCAAUUCCCAAAAGAACCACAUUAAAAAGCAUGGCAUUGUGGUAGAUGGCAAAAGAUACAGUGUCAAGUUCACAGUGACACUAGAUUACAAAGCACUGUGUCUUCUUCUGAACAAAAAAAAUAACGAAGACUUUGUUCUUGGUGGAAAAGGCUAUGGUUCCGAAUUUUGCAGCUUUUGUGAUGCCAUAAGGGCAUGCACAUCCCAUGGAGCUGAUCCAGAUGAAGCUUGCGUAGACUGCUUACGAUCAAAAGCAAACAUUGGAAGGAGUUCAGGUCUUCGUGAUGACUUAAACUUUCUUCUGGAGGAAGAUUUAUGUAACAUAAAUCUCUGCUCCUUGCAUUGCGAAAUGUGAAAUUGUGAACAGCUUUUGG